AUGUUCUAUGAUAACAUUUUAACAUUCAUCACGUCAAACCCAACAGAAAAUAUGGAAGCAAAAAGAAUCCCAGAAGUGAUACUAAACUCAGGGCAAAAGAUGCCAGUGAUAGGCCUUGGAACCGCAUCAAUUCCUCGUCCACCAGAUGAAACUCUCACCUCCAUAUUUAUUGAUGCCUUUGAGGUUGGCUACAGACACUUUGAUACUGCUGCAUUGUAUGGAAGUGAGGAGCCUCUAGGCAAAGCUGUGGAAAAGGCUUUGGAGCUAGGCCUUGUAAAGAGCAGAGAUGAAGUAUUCAUCACUUCAAAACUAUGGACAAGUGAUGCUCACCCUGACCUUGUUGUCCCAGCUCUCAAGACCUCACUGCAGAAGUUGGGGUUGGAUUAUGUAGAUCUCUAUUUGAUUCAUUGGCCUGUGAGGCUGAAACCUGAAGCCAAAGUGCCUGCUGAUAUAUUAAAGGAGAAUGUGAUGCCCUCCUUUGACAUGAAAGGAAUAUGGGAAGCUAUGGAAGAGUGUUACAGAUUGGGGUUAGUAAAGUCUAUUGGUGUCAGCAACUUUGGCAUCAAAAAGCUCAGCCAGCUCUUGGAAAAUGCUACCAUCCCUCCUGCUGUCAAUCAGGUGGAAAUGAGCCCAUCGUGGCUGCAGGGGAAACUCACAGAAUUUUGCAAGCAGAAAGGAAUUCAUGUGAGUGCAUGGUCACCACUGGGAUCUUACAAAAGUUUUUUUGGUACAAAUGCAGUAAUAGAUAGCCCAAUCCUUAAGGAAAUCGCUUAUGCAAGACAGAAGAGCAAGGCUCAGAUUGCACUAAGAUGGGUCUACGAGCAAGGAGCAAGUGUGAUUGUGAGAAGCUUCAACAAGGAGAGAAUGAAAGAAAACCUUGACAUAUUUGAGUGGGAACUGAGGCACGAGGAAUCACAGAAAUUCAGCCACAUUCCACAGCAUAGGAUGUAUAGUGGAAUAAGCUUUGUAUCAGAAAAUGGACCUUACAAGACCUUGGAAGAGCUUUGGGAUGGUGACGCUUGA